UAUUUAAUUAUUAUAGACAUUACUUACACGUGAAGCACAUAUUUUAAUUAGAACAGACAUGGUUUAAUCAAUUACUAUUCCCAGUCUUGGGAUGCAAUUUUUCAGAAAUUAAUUAGAACUGAAGUGCAAAAAUCAAGCAGAUUAGUUUGUAAACUGAAUCUAGAAGUCUCCAUCAUGCUUUCGCGGACGUAUACGGUUUUGUAAAGGUAUACAAUUUUCGAGAAGCUCGCGUUGCUGUCUGCGAGUCGGCUAAUCAUACGGGAACCGUGUCCAAAUUAGCGAUGAGCGGAUAUGUCGGAGACUUGUCUGCUAAACAGGAGAGAGCGUUGCUGCAAUUUAAAGAAAGCGUAUCAGCGAUACCUCAACUGCAAGAUGAUCGCUACUUGCUACGCUGGUUGAGAGCAAGGAAUUUCAAUGUACACAAAUCAGAGAAAAUGAUCAGACAGCACAUGAGUUAUUCCAAAGAAUAUAAACUUACUGAAAUAAUGGAUUGGACACCACCAGAAGUUUUGCAACGUUUUUACCCAGCAGGAUGGUUUGGAGAGGAUCGGGAGGGAUCACCAGUCCUUUAUAUUCCUUUUGGAAAUGUUGAUUUGAGAGGUUUGCUACAUUCAGCUAAACCCUAUGAUGUAAUACGACAGAUGUUGCAACAAGGAGUGAUGUCUGUUGCAAAAAUGCAGCAGCAGUCAGAAAAGCAUGGUCGUGUUAUUGAAGAUGUCACAGUCAUUUUUGACUUAGAGAAACUGAGUAUACAGAGACAUUUGUGGAAACCAGGGAUUGAAGUCACUUGCCGGGGAUUUAAUUUGUUUGAGGCCAACUUUCCAGAAAUCCUUAAAGCUGUAUAUAUUUUAAAAGCUUCAAAGAUAUUUCCUGUUGCAUGGGGAAUUGUAAAACCAUUUGUCGAAGAAAAAACAAGGAAGAAAGUCAAUGUACUUGGUGCAAAUUGGCAAGAGGAACUACGGAAGCACAUUGCUCCUGAUCAGUUGCCUGAAUAUUAUGGUGGAAAAUGCAGAGAUGCAAAUGAUGAUCCCAAAUGUGCAGAACAUAUUUGCUAUGGUGGUGACAUUCCUCAUUCCUACUAUUCAUCACAAUGUGACCGCGCAAGUGAUUCAUUGAAUGCUACUGACAUCAGUAUUUCUCGUGGAUCAAGACAUACAGUUGAUGUGGAGGUGACAAAGCCAUUGAGUGUCAUUAGGUGGGAAUUCCAAACAGAUAGUCAUGAUAUUGGAUUUGGUCUCUUCUUUAAAGGGCAGGUGGACUCUAGCAUUUCCAUGUCAGUAGAUGAAAUGGAUGAAAUGGUUUCCAUAAAACGAUGGGAUUGUCAUCGUGUGCCAGAAGAUGGUCACUUUGUGGCUGAGCUGGUUGGAACAUAUGUCAUCUGUUUUGACAACUCUCACAGCUGGCUAAGGACGAAGAAUGUCAGGUUUGUUGUAGACGUAUUGGAUCCAGUCAAGAUGGAUGAGGAAGAUGAAGUGUUAUCAUGAUUGCUGGUUCUUGUAGACAUUUGUUUUGUGAAAAGUGUUGCAAUUGAUUCUACUGUUUUAUUUGGUACUUUUGAAUGGAGGCUUAAUACAAACUUAUAUGACAAACGUCAGAAUGCUUUUACAACAAUAAAGUAUGCUUUCUGUCAAGGCUGCUGUGCAGGACAGCAAAUGCAACAUCAUAAAUAUAGAACUUUGUGACGUAAACGUUCAACAAACGAACAGAACUGUAUUUCAGAGGUGGACCACGAUAUGGGAAGUAAAUAUGGUUG